ACGACCGUUCUCGGCGUGUAAUUUAAGCGUAUUGUUCACUAAAAAAAUCAUAUUAUUAUUAGCUUUGCAAGCGCGAGAACUCGUCGUAGAUCCACGUAAUCACGAGCAGUGGUGAAUACACGAACAAUAUCGAAACAUGGCUAAUACUAGUACAACAAAAAUUCUAAAGUGUGUAAACCAGUUUGCAUCACUGACUAGAAACUAUGGAACUGCUAAGAGAGUUGUGGCUGCUAAACCAGUUGUCGAGAUGGAUGGUGAUGAGAUGACACGCAUCAUCUGGGCUAAGAUCAAAGAGAGACUGAUAUUUCCAUAUGUUAAGGUGGAUUGUCUUUACUUUGACUUGGGCCUCCCGCAUCGUGACGCCACUGAUGAUCAGGUCACCAUCGACUCAGCGCAUGCCAUUCUAAAGCAUAAUGUGGGCAUCAAAUGCGCUACUAUCACACCUGAUGAACAAAGAGUAGAAGAGUUCAAGUUGAAGAAAAUGUGGCUAAGCCCGAACGGAACGAUCCGUAACAUUUUGGGCGGUACAGUAUUCCGCGAACCGAUAUUGUGUCAGAGUAUCCCGAGGGUUGUGCCUGGUUGGACGAAACCUAUUGUGAUAGGCCGUCAUGCGCACGGCGACCAAUACAAGGCGCAAGAUUUUGUUGUACCGAAACCCGGAAAGGUUGAACUUGUUUACACUACACGAGAUGGUACGACAGAGAGGCGUGUAUUAUAUGAUUUUAAAACUCCGGGCGUUGCUAUGGGCAUGUACAAUACCGACGAAUCGAUUCGGUCCUUUGCCCAUUCCAGUUUUCAGGUAGCUUUACAGAAAAAAUGGCCUCUAUACCUGUCUACGAAGAAUACCAUUUUGAAACGUUACGAUGGUCGUUUCAAAGACAUUUUCGAAGAAGUUUUUCAGAGUGACUACAAGACUAAGUUUGAUGAAGCCAAGAUAUGGUACGAGCAUCGUUUAAUUGACGACAUGGUGGCACAGGCUAUUAAGGGAUCAGGUGGCUUUGUUUGGGCCUGCAAAAACUACGACGGAGAUGUGCAGUCCGAUAUUGUUGCUCAGGGUUACGGGUCAUUGGGAAUGAUGACAUCAGUAUUGAUGUGUCCCGAUGGCCGUACCGUGGAAUCCGAAGCGGCGCACGGGACGGUGACACGUCACUACCGUAUGCACCAGCAAGGCAAGCCGACAUCGACUAACCCGGUCGCUUCUAUCUACGCCUGGACAAGAGGUCUUGCACACCGGGCCAAAUUAGACGAGACUCCAGAAUUGGAGCGCUUCGCUCUAGCCCUCGAAGAGGCGUGCGUCGAGUGCAUCGAUAGCGGUAAAAUGACAAAAGAUUUGGUUAUUUGUAUACACGGAUUGGCGAACACGAAAGAAGGUAUGUUUUUACACACCGAAGAUUUCCUGGAGGCGAUCGCCGAGCAGCUGGAACGCAAGUUGGGCGGCAAAUAAAAACACACAAUCACCUAUAAACAACACCCCGUAGCUGAACAUUGGUACCCAGGCCGUGAUUCUGUUGUUGCAUCCCCGAAUUAUGUAUACCUUUUUUUUUACGCUCAUAUUGCUCGGCCCUGCUUUUUUUUCCUACCUAAGCUGAUAGCCUUGAGAGGCUAUUUCAGCGUAACCUUAAC